CCAAACCAAGCCUUUACUCUCAACCUUUGUUCCUACUCAGAGCCUGCCCCCAUUACCAGCGCAACCCAUAAACUUUAAACAAAACAUUGUGACAUACUCCACUAUGCUCACUCAUCUUGUUUCUUCUCUCAAAACAUGCUUAAACUUGAAGCUCUAGAAGCACAAAGUUUGUGUCUUUAUAUAUAUACUACAAACUAGUGGUGGUGGUGGAGGAGAAGAUGAAUAGUGGCGGUGGAAGUGGUGGUGGAGUUGGAACUGGGAUUGGCUUAGUGGGAAUGAGGUCACCAUUUACAGUUUCACAAUGGCAAGAGUUGGAACAUCAAGCCCUGAUCUUUAAGUACAUGAUAGCAGGUUUGCCUGUGCCUCCUGAUCUUGUUCUUCCUAUUCAAAAGAGUUUUGACUCCAUUUCUUCACGCUUCUUUCAUCACCCCACCGUGGGUUAUUGUUCCUUCUAUGGAAAAAAGGUUGAUCCCGAGCCAGGGCGAUGCAGGAGAACUGAUGGCAAAAAAUGGCGCUGCUCCAAAGAUGCAUACCCAGAUUCAAAGUACUGUGAGCGCCACAUGCACCGCGGCCGCAACCGUUCAAGAAAGCCUGUGGAAUCACAAACCAUGACACAGUCAUUGUCUACUGUGACAUCACUGACUGUCACUGGAAGCAGUGGUGGGACUGGAAGCUUCCAGAAUGCUCCAUUACAUGCCUUUAGUAAUCUCCAAGGCACUGGUUCUGGAACCAAUCCGUCCCAUUAUAAUGUGGAGUCUAUCUCUUAUGGAAUCCCGAACAAAGAUUACAGGUACCUUCAAGGAGUACUUAAACCUGAAGUUGGGGAGCAUAGUUUCUUCUCUGAAGCUUCUGGAAGUAAUAGAGGUAUCCAGAUGGAGUCACAGCUAGAUAACACAUGGCCUCAGAUGCAGUCUAGAGUCGCCACACUUCCCCAGUCAAAAGUGAGCAACACGUCCAUAUUGCAAAAUAAUUAUUCUCAGCACACAUUUUUCAGUAGCGAAUUCACUACUGGAGAGCAUAUAAAACAGGGGGGUCAGUCUCUUCGUCCUUUCUUUGAUGAGUGGCCUAAAGCAAGGGAGUCAUGGUCUUGUCUUGAAGAUGAGAGAUCCAACCAGACAUCACUUUCAACGACCCAGCUCUCAAUAUCCAUCCCAAUGUCUUCAUCUGACUUCUCGGCCACAAGUUCUCAAUCUCCCCAAGAUAAUUUAGACGGCAUACAGUGAGAAUUGCCAGAGCUACAUGGUGCCAAUCACAAACGAGUGCUUAUAUGUUGAAUUCAUGGAUGUGUCGAAUCUCUGUAAAG